AGCGUCUCCAGGGUUUACUGGACCAGGAGAAAAUAACCAAUCAGGACAUGGAGGCUCUGGGGGAGGAGCUACUGAAGGAGAAACAGAGUCUGGAGCGCGAGAUGCACGCUCUGAAGGCGGGGAAGGACCGACAGAUCUCAGAGCUGGAGAGCGAGAAGCAGCACCUGUCGGAGGCAGUGGCGUCCCUUCAGGAGCGCGCUCAGUCUAACAGCGUGGCGAGGGUCCGCGAGGUGGAAUCAGAGAACCGCCUGCUGCACCAGAGCAUCACCGACACCAGCUCCCGAUUGGCCAGCCUGGAAACACAGCUCAAAGUAUCCAAUGAGGAGGCAGAGAGGCUGAGGGAGCGGGCGGGGCGGUGUGAGGAGGCGGAGCGAGAGGUGGCGCGGCUGGAGAGGAGCCGGGAGGCGCUCAGCAGAGAGGUGGCGUCUCUGCGGGCGUGCAGCGAGCGCUCCGAGGCUCUGGAGAAACAGGUGACCUCCUUGGAGCAGGAGGUGCACAGGCUGAAGCGGGAGGCGGAGGAGAGCCAGCGGGAGCUGCAGCGGCUGACGAAGCAGGAGGCUGAAAACGGGCUGCUGUCCAAGGAGAACCUGGAGCUCCGCUGCUCCCUGGAGAGCCUGCGCUCCUCAUCCACCCGCCUCACCACUGUGCAAGAGGAGCUCCAGGAGGCGCAGAGGGAGAUGCAGGAGCUGCAGAGGAGGCUGGAUCAAGCUGGGGAGGAGGCGCAGGGAGAGAGGAAGAGAGCGGAGAGGCUGGAGGUGAACCUGACAGCUCUGAACCAGGAGAAGCAUCACAUAGAGGAGGAGAUGGAGAAGAGCAAAGAGGAGAGGGUGGAGGAAGAGAGGAGGCGGCAGGAGGCAGAAAGCAGAGAGGAGGACCUGAAGAGGGAGAUGGAGGAGCUGAAGGAGGAGCGGAGGAGGCGAGUGGAAGGAGACGAGGAGAGGAAGAAGCUCCAGCUGGACCUGGAGCAGUCGGAGAAGGGCCGGAAGCAGCUGGAGAAGGAGAGCUGGAGGAUGAGGACGCUCCUGGAGGGGAAGGAGACGGAGCUGGAGGAGAAAACCAGGAGGCUCACCGAGGUCACGAAGGAGGGAGGAGCUCUCAAGAAGGAGGUGGAGCGAAUGAAGGAGGCGGCGGUGAAAGCAAAGGAGGUGGAGCGAGAGAACAAGGAGCUUCAGAAACAAGCGACGAUCGACAAGAGGACGCUCGCCACGCUCAGAGAGGAGCUGGUGUCGGAGAAGCUGAGCGUUCAGCAGCAGAAGGUCGAGCUGGAGCGACUGAACGAAGAGCUGGAGAAGAUCGGACUGAACCGUGAGAAGCUGCUGCAGCAGGAGCACACGCUGGAGGACAGCAGGUACAGGCUGCUGGAGUCUCGGCUGGAGGAAACCGUCCAGCGGACCAUGAAGGUCAAGGAGGAGAAAAUCUGCAGCCUGGAAAAGAAGCUGGAAGAAAGCAGCGCCCUCAACAAGACGCUCCACGCGGAGCUGGAAGCUGUGAGGAAACGCGCCCUCGCCUUCGCCUCGGUAAACUUGAAGCUGUGCGACAGUCAUUUUUCUUUCCCGCUGCAGGCUCGUCAGACGGCGUCCGCCUCGCAUCAGCAGCACGAGGAAGUAAACCACAACUUCCAGCAGCACCCGGCGGCUGACCGCAGCGCCACGGCCGAACUGCUGCGGAUCAAAGAUCACCUGAUCGACGUGGAGAAGAACAACGCCUCCCUGCAGACGGAGAGCAGUCUGCUGAAGGAGCAGCUGAAGCAGCUGGAGAACCAGAACACUUCCCUCAACAACCAGAUGGCGGCGCUGCAGCGGCACGCCACCACGCUGCAGGAGCAGAACUCGGCAUUGCACACGCAGACGGCGAAGCUGCAGGUGGAGAACUCCACCCUCUCCUCUCAGAGCGCCUCUCUCAUGGCCCAGAAUGCCGUGCUGCAAGGCCAGGUGACCGCCCUGGAGACGGAGGUGGAGUCGUGGCAGCGGCAGCGCGAGGAGGCGUGGCGAGCCAGAGAGGGCGUGCUCAGCGAUCACGAGCGCCUGCUGAGCGUUCACGAGAGGCAGGCUCACGAGUACGAGCAGCUGAUCAGUCAGCACGCGGCGCUGAAGGGCAAACAGAGGGCGCUGGAGAGCGAGCACAGGACGCUGCACGGCAAGUACUGUGCACUGCUGCAGCAGAAGGAGGAAUGGGAGGAGCAUGAGGGGCGUGGCCUAAAAGAGAAGGAGGAGCUAAACCUGGAGAUCCAGAAGAACCGCCUCCUGCAGCAGGAAAACCUCCAGCUGAAAACAGAUGUGGACAGACUCUCCGAGAGCCAAUCACAGCAGGCGGAGCAGAGCAAGGGGCUCCAGCAGCGACACAACGAACUCAAGAGCUCUUUAGGCUCCGCCCAGCUGGAAGUGAGUCAGUGGAUGGCGCGAUACGAUUCGCUGAUGGAGCAGCACCAGACGCUGGAUCUCACCAUGACCAAACUAGACAACCACUGUGAGCUCCUGAGUCGCCUCAAAGGGAACCUGGAGGAGGAGAACCACCACCUGCUGAGCCAGAUCAACCUGCUGAGUCAGCAGAACCACGCGCUGCUGGAGAGGAGCAUGGAGAGCAAGGAGCUGUACCACCAGGAGCAGAAGCUCUACAUUGAUAAGCUGAACGCUCUCCGUCGUCAGAAGGAGAAGCUGGAGGAGAAGAUCAUGGACCAGUACAAGUUCUACGACCCCACGCCUAAAAAGAGGAGUCAGUGGGCCGGAGCCAAAGCGUUAGUCAAGCUCAUCAAACCCCGAAAGGAGAGCAGCCGGGAGAGGGGGGCCGAGAGGGAGCGGACCAAGAGCGCCCCGGACAUCCCCCUACCAGCCACGCCCCCCCUCCUGCCCCCCGAGACCCCGCCCCCUCCACCCCAGAGGACCCUCAGUGACUCGCAGGACGGCGGCCAUAACAGCCCGGGCCCCCAGAGUCCAGCUGUGACCCCCAUCAGCCGAGGUACACACACACACACACACACACAGAAACUCGUUAAACAUGCCUGCAGAGUGUUUCCUGUCGGGGACUCGCUCGCUGUGAAGUUUGGGGACUUCUGAUCAGAGGCUCAGAGCACAUGUGGGGAGCUGCUCUCUCUGUCCUGUAGAGGGCGCCGUUGGCUUUCACAUGACUGACAGUAAGUUCACAUCUGGAACCUUCCUGAGCAGCUGAUCCAGCUGUGCACACGUCUGACAUUUUUCAGGGUUUUUAUCAGAUUCGAUCCGUUCUUUGACUCGUUACCUGUCGGUCAUCGCUCCACAGACGCAGCUCAAUUCAGACAUGCAGUGACAGGUGCUCGUCUGCACAGCUGUUUGUGCACUUUUAGUCUGAACAGGAGUUUUCUGCAGGCGUGUUGUUGGCGUGUUACUCCUCAGCUGCACACGUGGAGCGAGCAGCCCUCUCACAGAAACCUUUGUUUGUUUCUUUGGAGCCUAAAUAAGAACAAAGUGAAAUAACAAAAACUGUCUUUGUGCUUUUUGGCCGGUGUGACGUUCCAGAUGUCACAUUCUUAGUUUGGGACCGUCGGGAAUGCUGGCACGCCUUCAACCCUUUAAAGGGUUGAAGGGUUGAAGUUAUGCAAAACGCUCCAUUUUGCGUAACUAUUUUUAAAUCCCGGUAGCUCUGCAACCACGUGAGC